CCAACUGCGGCCAAAGAAAAAAAAUAAAACACCUUUAGGUUGUUAAAUGCGAAAACGCAUCCAGACACGCGGCUCGUCUUCAACUUCAAGCCAUGUCCUCCGCAACCCUGCUUCCACCAUGACGAUAACGACGUCAGUGUCCUCGAGAGCAGCGACACCAGCAGCUACCACUGCAGCACAGGCUCCACCACCACCUCCUAAAAGUGGCAAUUGUAACAGUAGCAGCACUGAUGAUGAUGAUGAUCAUGAUGAUGAUAAUGAUUAUGACGACGACCGCGACGUGAUCACUCCUCCGCCGCGGGCUGCGCUGUCAGGUUCGGCGAAACCCAGCGCAAGUAAGACGCCAAGCCCGCAACCCACCGGCAGCCCCGACUCCUCAGGUCGAACCCCGCCGUCGCCACCUCCAACCCGCGCGAGCAGAAUCACAUCCUACGACAGCGAGCAGCAGCAGCAGCAAAUCCUCAGGGAAAAGGACCAGCGCAUAGCGGCGCUGGAGCGGGAGCUGGACAGCUUGUCGCACAACGAGAGCGAGCGGGCGGCGUUUUGGCAGGUUCAGCACAGCAACCUGCACCAGCAGUUCUUGCGGACCGACACGGAGCUCCGGCAGCUGCGGGCUGAGCACGACCUGUGCGCCGCCGAGCGUGAAGAGCUUCGGCAGGACUGGGACGCCGCCCGCCGGGACCUGGCCGCGCGCGAGUGCGAGAUCGUCGACCUCCGCGGCCAGGUCAGGGGCCUCAAGGAGUGGCUGGCCAACAGCACCCGGUCCGCGUACGGCGGUGGCGGCGACGUGCCGACCGACAACGUCUUUGCGGAUGGAUUCUCGCGUCUGUAUAAUGGAUUACAGAAUUGGGUUAUUAGCAACUUCCGGAGGACAAAACUUGACCUCUCGCGUGCCGAUGCGGAUAUACUUGAGGAGCUGAGCUCUUUGGCUCCGACAUACGAGGACCUUGCCAAAGAUGCAAAGUUGCCGCUGUUGCAGUCACUCGUCUCGAAGAUACUGGUAGAGAUGGUUUUCGACAGUUAUUUCGUGGGCCUGAGCAAUGACCAUGCCAAGCAGUUUUCCCGGAUGGAAGCAUUGAUGGGAUCAUUUGUUGAAGAUCCGGAGUUGGUCAACCAAUGGCGAGCUUCAACACUUACAAUUCUGUCGAGAAACGCAUCCGAAAAGAUGCAAGAAGGAACAGCCAUCCAGACUAAUGCUAUAAUAGCGCGGAUAAAUCGUCUACUCUCAGGUAUAACAGCAGACCAGUUCACAGCAGCAACAGGGGCAGCAACAGCCCAAAACACCACCCUGCGCGGCCCAUCCCCAGCACCUCUUGACCCUGCAGCCCGGGAAACCUUGCUCCGCCAACUAAUCACUACCGCCAUCGAUCUUGCGCGUCAGUUAUCGGUCCAAAGGGCCCUCUUUCGCGUCUUUUUGCCCACCGCAACCGCCGCCAAUGCGGAUCAGCAGACCAUAUUCAACCCAGCACGGAUGGAGGACGUGGGCGGUCUGUUGGACGAAGACGCACUGGCGGCGGGGCCUGCGGUACGGUGUGCCAUAUUUCCGGGGGUCGUCAAACGUGGCGACGAGAACGGCGGGAAUCUGCAGCAGUACGAAAAUGUCAUCUGCAAGGCCAGGGUAUUGUGCUACCACCCAGAGGACUAGAAUGUGAAACUAUGCGAAGAGAACAACCGUGAGAAAGAUUUUCACAGACAUGGGGACUGCGGUACACAGCAGCCCCGACAGGAAACAUCUACAAUGUCUUGUUAUAAUUGGUACGAGCGUUUUACGAUUUGUGAGCUAUGUGAGCUCUGGGUCAUGUUUCUUGGUGGCUUGCGUGUCUUGGUUAGACUUUUGGGGGAUCAUGUGCAAGCUUUCUUUUUGGUGAGCAUUUAAAUAGCAGAUCGUGUUUUCUUUGUCCUUGGCAUGAUAUUGAAGGAGGCCGUUUCACCACAUCAAUACCCUCGCCCCUCAUUGGACUUGUACCAUGCAUGCACUGGCAAGCACGUCUUACUGCAGCACGUUUUCGCCAGAGGGGUUUUUUUUCUCUUGGCAUAUGCAAGCCAUUCUUAGCGCACAGCUGUUCGACAAGGAUCGAUUAGCUAGCUAACUUAGCUACAAGGGGGUGGUUGCG